AUUAUAACGAAUGGAUUGAAAUGUCUAGUUAAAUAUUAUACCUUUGAUUUAAUUUUGUAUAAUUUUAUUUUACAUCUGCGAUCAAUAAAUAUUUGAAAGAAAAAAAAAUGAAAUAUUUACAAGGAUUCAUUCAGAUUUUAACAAUAAUUAAUUUAAUUUUAGUUAUAAAUAUAAACGCAUUACGUAAAAAUUUUACAACUUGUGAUUUUGAUUUAGAACCAAUUGAAGAUUAUAUAGAACAUUUGCCGGAAUUAUGUCAAAAUAUUUAUAAAGAUUCUUCUUUAUUGGAAGUUAAAGAGAAAGCAACAACAGAAUCAAAUUUAUAUAAAGAAUAUUGGAAGAAAUUAAGUGAUUAUGAAGAAAAAAAUAAUAAUGGGAAAGAAGAAUAUAAAUUAAGAUUUGAAAUAUAUAAUAAAACUGAAAUUUGGAUUUGUGAUACUAAAGAAAUUAUAAAUGAAUAUUUUAAUUGUUUAAUUGAUAUUAGAAAAAAUAUGAUUACUGAAUUAGAUAAUCAAAUAAAUCCAAAAUAA